GGCAGGGCCGAGCCCCGGUGCCCGGGCACAGCCCUGAGGGACACCCCUGCUCCCCGGGCUGCCGCGGCUCCUGGAGCCGCUGCCCACGAGCCCCCGGCACGGCCGUGCGGCCAAUUCCUCGUGCCCUGGGCAGCGCAGCCUGCAAAGCCGGGGCUCGGCACUGCGGGGCCGGGGCUGCCGUGUGCCAGCGGGGCCAAAGCCUCGCAGGGCUCGGGGCACAGCCGGGCCCGCCAGGACACCGCUCCGGGGAUGCUCCCAGCCAGCUCCUGCCCAAGCCCCCCGCAACCCGGGCUGGCUCUGUGCGCUCCGGCAGCCACGACGGGACUGGGGAACAGCUGGGGACUGGGCUUUGCCCACAGCUGAACCUGGAGAGCUGCGAGCUCUGCCCUGCACGCUGUUACAGCCACGGCAGGGAGCAGGCCAAGGAGGAAGGAGGAGCCUCUUUACCUUGAGCUUCCAUAGGGAAAGCUUAUUCGAGGUGGAGAGAGCAGGAUAAAAAAGAGCCCCUCACCCUCGUUUGCAAGGGGUUUUGCUCAGAUCCAAGUCAGGCAGUGGGUACUAACAGCGAAGCAACAGGGAAUCCUCAGGGCAGAAGUGAGGGGAUUACAGCAACACUGUGGGACAAUCAGGGUCGGGGGAGCAGAGGGAAAGGCACAGGGGCCAAUGGGGCAUCCUGGAUUAGGGGAUUUCCAAGUGAGGGUUUCAAUUAGGGGUUGGCCCAGGGGCUGAGUGGCAGGGAACAUUCAGGAAAAAGGGACAGGGUUACCUGGACAGGCAGGGAAGGGACUGGGACCAAGGGAGGGGAAUAACUUGAGGGACAGCUUUAAAGGGAGUCUACAACAUAGGGAAAAAAACAACUUGGGGAAGAUGUGGGGGGAUAACAGAAUGAACCAUUUAACAAUAACUUAAUGAAAUAAACACAAAUCGCAACAGGUUCCUGUGUGCUCCACUGCUGUUGGGGUUCCGGGGUGGCCCUUUGUGAUGUGGGACGUGGUGGUGGCCAGAGACCCUUGUGACAUCAGGGAGUUCCGCCAGGGCUGAGGGUCUCCAAGGGGCGCGGAGCCCUGGGGUGCCCAGUCCCAGGAGAGCCGCUCUCUGAAGAGGAAGCAGCUCCCUGGCUCUGUCUGUGCCACACGCUGACAGUGAUAGCGGCUGACAGUGACAGACAGCAACAGCGAGGAAGACAAAGACUGAGGAGGAGGAGAGGCUGUUUGACAAAAUGGGCCAAGAUCUUUCCCGGAGGGAAGAUGUGGAAGCGACCGACCAGAGAGAAGUUCCAGGAGCCCAAGAAAUGUCCGGGCAGGGAAUGAGGAGCAGCCAAGAGCUGAACCAAGGCCAGAGUCCCACGGAGGCCGAGCCGGCAGCUGCUGCCCCAGCUGGAGAUACUGAGGAGGAGGAGGAGCCCCCUGAGGCUCUCCUGUCCCAAGGGGAAGAUGAGGAUGAUGUCAGCUCCAGUUCCUUGGAGAAGCCACUGGACUCAGUGAAGGAGAAGAACACCCAGACUUGUUCCUCAUCCAGUCACGAGGAGCUGUCCCAGGUCGAAGAGGUCAUCGAGCUCUCUCCAGGGGACAGCAAUAACGAGCCAGAGCUGUCCUCAGUGGAAGAGGCAAUUGAGGACAUCCCAUGGGACAGCACAAGUGACACGGAGCUGUCCCCAGUGAAAGAGGCCAUCAAGGUUGUUCCAGAGGACAGCACAAGGGACGAGGAGCUGUCCUCAGUGGAAGAGGCCAUCGAGAACAUUCCAGAGGACAGCACAAGUGACCAGGAGCUGUCCCCAGUGAAAGAGGCCAUCAAGGUUGUUCCAGAGGACAGCACAAGGGACGAGGAGCUGUCCUCAGUGGAAGAGGCCAUUGAGAACAUUCCAGAGGACAGCAAAAGUGACCAGGAGCUGUCCUCAGUGGAAGAGGCCAUUGAUGAUAUUCCAUGGGACAGCACAAGUGACCCGGAGCUGUCCCCAGUGGCAGAGGCCAUCAAGAACAUUCCAGAGGACAGCUCAAGUGACCAGGAGCUGUCCUCAGUGGAUGAGGAUCUGGAGGACAUUCCAGAGGACAGCUCAAGUGACCAGGAGCUGUCCUCAGUAGAAGAAGACAUCGAGAAAAUACCAGAGGACAGCAUGAGUGACCAGGAGCUGUCCUCAGUGGAAGAGGACAUUGAGGUCUCUGAAGGGGACAGCACAAGAGAGGAGAAGCUGUCCCCUGUAGUAGAGGACAUCAUGGUCGUUUCCCGGCACAUCCCGACUGCUGAGGAGCAGUCCAAAGUGGAAGCGGCCAUCAAGCUCAGUCCCGAGGACAGCACGGCUCUUCCCCCAGAGGGGCCCAGCUCUGCCAGCCCCGUGGGCACAGAGGUGGCAGCAGACGCAGUCCCUGCCCUGCCCAGCGCCUCUCCUGCCCCCGGCAGUCCCACGGAGGCCGAGCCGGCAGCUGCUGCCCCGUCCGGAGCUGCUGAGGAGGCAGCAGCGGGGUCAGUGCUGGCAAUGCAGGACAGGAGGGACGGCUCUGAUGAGGAAAACAAAUUUUGGCAAUUUUUGUAUGACCUGGAGCCUUUCCCGGAUGGAGACCCAGAGCUGUCCCAGGAAGCGUCCUGCUGUGAACAAUGCAGAGAGGAAGAUCUGCCCCAUGGGGAGGUCAGGAGUUACCACCAACUCUUUGACUCGGAAAAAUAUUUGGACCAAGACCUGUCCCAGGGAGAAGUCAGCAGCUCCCAGGGCCCCUCGGACUGGGAAGAAUGCAUUGAGCAAGUGCUGUCCGGAGGAGAUGUCAUCAGCUGUGCAGAACAUUCAGACUGGGAAGAAUAUCAUGCCCAAAAUGUGUCCAGUGAGAAUGGCAGAAGACCCUCAGGACUCUCCAGCUGGGAAGACAACAGUGACACGGGGAUCGUGCAGGAGAACUGGCCUGAGCACGUCAUCUUGGCCAAGCCCUUGUGCCCCGAGGAUGAUGAGUGGGACGAGGUGAGCCUCCUGGAGCUGCCCCCAGAAGACAACCAAGACCAGAAAUGGAAAGUUUUAGUGGCAGAGGGGCUCCCAGUGCCCGUCCCUCGGGAGGCCUGGGCUGAGUGCCCGGCACAGGAGCCGUGCAGCCAAGGGCCGGCGCCUGCCCCGCACAGCCCCCCCAGCCCCUGGCCUGCCCGGCUGGGAGCCCAGGCCCUCCGCGGGCAGCCGGCUGCCCCCGGGAAACGUCCCUCCCGCUUCAGGCGGGCGCUGCGGGCGCUGCGGGGGCUGUUCCGCUGUUCCUGCCUCAGGCCACGGACCGAGGAGUAAAACGGACACGGGAAAGGGUGACGAGGAUGAAGAGAAGGAAGGUGAACAACAGGAAGAUGAAGAUGACUGCUCCUGCCAGUCCCGCUCCUCUGUGUCAGAGCAGCAGCUGAUCGGUUCGGCUCAAGGGGCUCAGAAAUUGCUGCUGCAGCUCCUCCAAAUCAGAGAAGAGAAAAGCCUUUGGGUGGGCCAACCAAGACAAGCAAAACCCAAGCAGGCACAGCCACGAAGAUCUGGGCAGUGAGGCUUGGAAAAUGCCCACCCAAAGAGGCCAAAGCUCUCCCAUCCCUGCCCCGGGCCUGGAAGGUGCAGCAACAAUUUCUUGGGCACAAAGCAGAGGCUCCUGGAACAGACUCAGCACAAACCCCUCCGGGACAACGGAAAAGAAGACAAAGACAAAGAUGAAGACAAUGACACAGAAAAAGAGGACAAAGACAACACAGCAGAUGAAGAAGAUGAAGACAGAGAAGAAGAUGAAGACAAAUAGGAUGAAGAAGAUGAAGAAGAGAAAAAAGAGGAAGAAGACAAAGAUGAAGAGUAAAAAGACAAGACAGAGAACAUUUAUUUAAGAGUAGAUAGAAGAAUAUAGUAAUAGGGAUUUAGUAAUACAUAGAAGAAGAGUACUAGGAAUAGGAAUAAGAAUUUCAAAAUAUGUAGAAGAAGAAGAAUAGGAAUAAGAAUUUUAAAAUAUGUA